UUGUGAUCCGCAGUACAUCUGAACUCCCCUUGUCAUCUGUUAGAUUCAGAGCCUACGCACGCUGCUGCAUUUGUUUUAUAAAUGAUUUAAAACUCGUCCCUGCUAAUGUAUUCUGCCCUUGAGCACACAUAUUAGGAGUCUCCAGCACACUAGCUGCUGGUUAUCAUGCAAAUGCAGCUAGCCAAGCCUAGCUUAGCCGGAUUGGCUUGUUCAUUGCUGCAGCACAUUUGUCUUGGUAAUGCUCCUGUCUAAUGUUAUGUAUGCAUGUUUGAACUGCCUGUAGGUCUGCUUGUGUCAGUAUGAGUGUGUUAAACGGUGACAGGCUCCUGUGGGUCCCUGCUGCUGCACACUGUGAGGGGUAAGUGUGUGUGUGUGUCUGUGUGUGUGUGUGUGUGUGUAGAAGGGUGGUUGUAUACAUGACACUUCUGACCUGUGGGACCAUACAUGUCAGUCUCCUGCUAUUUAGGUCGCAGGGCUAACUAAACACACACACACACACACACACACACACACACACACACACACACACACACACACACUCUAACAAGUCAUAGAAACUACACACCUAAGCAUUUUUCUAUUAUUUAGUAAUAGAAAUACUGCUUUUUAAUCUAAUUGCUGGUCAUAACCUUCCCAUAGGUAAUUGCAAUUCUCCUCAAAAUGUUCUGGAUUGUUCCCAUAGGAAAGUUAAGCCUGAGCUAUUGAUUAUCUGUAGAUGCUUUGUUUGAAGGAGCAGGCCUUUGUUUGAAUUAGCUGAUGAGUGUGGGAUAGAUAUAGCCUUUUGUUUGAGUCCAUAUGUGUCCGUGUGCCAACCAAGGUGCAGCAGCAUGAAUAUGCUCACAGCACAUCUUUGUGUACAUUAUGUCCAUGUGUUUGUCUGCAACUGCAUGUGUUUAUCACCGUGUUCAGUCUGUGUGCUUAAUCCUCAGAUCAUCCCCUAUUCAUCCUCUCAUCCUCCUCACUUACAGCCCUAAUCCUGUCAUCCCUAGCUCUUUUUUCACCCAGCCCUUUAUCCAUUUAUCUCUCUAUCCCGUUAUCUCUAGCUCGCACCCACUGCUCCUCUGUCCCUGCCCCCCAUUCCAGCCCAGCUCCCUUCUUUUGCCCCUUUUCCCCCCACCACCUCCAAUCACUUAUCUUGCCCUCCCUCCAUCCCUCCAUCCCUGCGGACCCAGUUCUAGCCAGACUCAGCAGAUGUCUGAAAGCUUGGCAUCAGGGCUUUUUUUCCGCAGAGUUCAGUCCCUCCCAUAUGAAAAUGCGGUGCAAGGAACUGCAUUCUCAUCUCUGCAAAUUGAGCGCCUCCUAACAAUACAGUGGUGGGAAGUGAGGGAACUGAGCCCGAGCCAGAAGGAAAAGGCGCAAUGCAGCGUAAGACAGAUUCAUGUUCAGGUUGAGGUUUAGAUACUGGAAUCGGGGCUGGCGCUCCCUCAGUUUUGUGAGACUUCCAUCUGUGUGAUGAAGGCAACUGCAGCAGAGAGAUGGUGAUCUAGGAGCCUACCCACGCAGCCAGCUACCUAGCUGUCUACCGACUGGCCUACCUACCGCUGCUUUUUGGAGCUGACAGGCUGCCACGCAAUAAAUAAAUCAUCAAAAAAAGCUGCAAUGCAGUGGGGGUCGCGUUCGUCUUCUGUACUCUCAGGCAGCCAGUGCGUGGAUAGAAGACAGCAUCUUCUUCCUUCCUGUUCCUUUUCUCUCUCCAGGGGGGUUUGAGGAGACAUCAACAACAGCUUUCUCCAUCUAGACACAGGGUUAGAUAGCUACAUAGAAGGAUGGAUGCUUUGAUGGAUAGGAGGGAUUGAGGCUGAGAGGGAGGGAAAGUUUUAAAAGAGGGGCGGGAACAAGAGGAAGCAGGGGGAGCAGCAGGACGUGUAACGUGAGUGUGUGAAUGACAGACGCAGAGCAAAGAGAAGAGAGAGAAAAGAGGCGAGAAGAGACUCAGGCUGUCAGGAGGAGAGAGACAGAAAGGCCCGAGGGGGAUCAGAGCAGCAGGGCCGGGGAGACGAAGAAAAGAGAGGCAGAGGAGUGACAGGAAGACGAAGCUUGCGUGCUGGAGAAGUGGAAGAAGGGACACCGGCGAAGGGAAGGAAGAGGGAGUGAACGAGGGAGAAUUUGAAUGUAUGAGAGAGACGUGGACUGAAGCCAUCGUCAGCUCAUGGUCUUAGAGCACAGACAGAGGAAAGGAGGAACAGGAGGAGAAAUAGAGACACAGAGAGAAGGGGAGAGGAGAAGGAACGGAAAAGUGGAGAGCUGGUCAGCAGUUGUUCCUCUAGAUCAGACAAUGAUGGGGCUGUACUACCCAGCAAUGCUACCGGGCUCUCAGGAUUCGACAGGAGGACAGGAAGGAUUGGUGGCCCCACCCUUUGCAGCGUUCCCCCCUCCACCCCCUCAAAACGGGCUACCAGGGACAGAGUUUGGCCCUGGGGCCAUGUUUGGUGCUGGGGGCCAAGUUACAGCAGAGGUAGGGGCUGGUGCUAAUGGAGCCACCACCACUACCACCACCAACAACAACAACGGAAAGACCGAGGAGACGUCCCAGGGGGAGGCGGGUGUACAGUGCAGUACAGGAGCAGGAGGCUCUGUGGGAGACCCCACAGAGGCCAAAGGGACCCCCAAACGCCUUCACGUCUCAAACAUCCCCUUCCGCUUCCGGGACCCGGACCUCAGGCAGAUGUUUGGGCAAUUUGGGAAGAUUCUGGAUGUAGAGAUCAUUUUCAAUGAGAGGGGUUCAAAGGGUUUUGGCUUUGUGACAUUUGAGACCAGCGCAGACGCAGAGAAAGCCAGGGAAAAGCUCCACGGCACAUUGGUGGAAGGUCGUAAGAUUGAGGUGAAUAAUGCCACCGCCAGGGUGAUGACUAACAAGAAAAUGGUCAGCCCCUACCCUAACGGAGAGGCUCUCAGCACGCUGCCUUAUGCAGGGUGGAAAUUGAGUCCUAUGGUGGGGGCUGUGUAUGGACCAGAGCUCUACGCAGUCCCAGGAUUUCCUUACCCUUCAGCAGCAGCCGCUGCCACUACAGCAGCAGCAGCAUUUCGUGGUGCCCACCUCAGGGGCCGAGGCCGGCCCGUCUACAGUGCUGUGCGGGCUGCUGUGCCUCAGCCUGCCAUCCCUGCCUACCCUGGUGUGGUGUAUCAGGAUGGGUUUUACGGAGCUGCAGACUUAUAUGGAGGCUACCCUGCUGCUGCUGCUGCCGCCGCCGCCGCCUAUCGCUACGCCCAGCCCGCGGCCGUAACCGGAGCAACCGCCGCAGCUGCCGCCUACAGCGACAGUUAUGGCCGGGUGUACACUACAGAUCCCUACCACGCUUUAACUCCAGCUGCUGCUGCUUACGGAGUGGGAGCCAUGGCCAGUUUAUACCGGGCAGGAUACAGUAGGUUUGCUCCUUACUAAAACCACAAAUCACACCCAAGGAAUUUCACAUUGCUCCAAAACCCUUUUUCAAACUCUUUGUUUGGCAGCAGCUCCCCUCCAUUUUUCUGCAGGCGGACUAUAGUGACAACUCGUGUUUUGUUUUUCUUUUUUUUUUGUGGCGAGAGAGGUCAUCGCCACAUCAUCAACUCAACUCUGUUUCUGUACUCUUCUGUUUGUCGCUAACAUGGAAACAAUGACAAAACUGCCACGAGUGUCUCCCACAUAAAAAGCUGGAACCUACUACUUUGAACUACGGGGCACAAUUUAGGAUGGUUUUUAGAAACACUAUGGGACCUGGAAGGAGAGAGACUGCUGUUCCUUUGUGAUCCUGCACACUAUAAACCUUUUUUUCCCCUAAAAGUCUCUGAACUUAGCGUAUAUCCACUGCCCUAUAAGACCUAAUCAGACCUAUAUACACACACUUACAUUCAACACUAAGUAUACGGUUUUCCUCUACAUUUUCCUUUAGUGUUGGCCUGAACAGAAUGAUGCCACAGCACAGAAUUAAUAAAAAAAAAAAUUAAAAAAAAAAGGUACUUAUGUUUUUAAACACUACAUUGACGUGAAGCUACCCCCACUACAGUAGAGUCGUCCCUCUGGUUUAGCAGUGUGGUAUAAUAAUAAAAAAUGAAUCAAACUCGAACUGCUCUAUACAGAAGACGUAGGAAUUAUUCUUGUUUUUCGUAAAGCCGGAAUACUGAACAUUCAGCCAGAGGGAAGUUGGGAGCACAGCAUGGGAAAAAGUCAUUUUUUUUUGUGUCAUUUUCCAAAACUUCCCCCAAGUGUAAAAGGAAACACAAGAAAACAAAACUAAUGUUUAAAAAAAGAAUUAAAAAAAAGGCCUGAAAAUGACAAGGGAAAAACAACAAAUGACUGUUUUUUUCUGCGUUACCUCAGUUUUUCUUUCAUCUAUUUUGUUUUCCUGCCAUUGAUAAGAAGUUGCAUAGAAACGUGAUUAUAUAUAACGUGGAUGCGUUGAAACUGACAGAGCCAUUCAUUUGUCUGCACAUGUUUCAUUUUAUUACUGUAACUGCAACACUAAGAUGGGAUGUCGGAUCAGUUUCUACUCAUUUCAGCUAUGAACUGACCCUGUAUGUAUGUCCAUUUUAAGAAUUCAGCGCACCUCCCCUCUAAGGGAUCAUCCUUGAUCUGCUCAAAGUGCUUCUUCCAAAAAAGGACUUGGUACAUUUCUUUCUAUCUCCUAAACCGUUAGACAUUCCAGCUGUGGCAGCGGUGCAGUGAAUGAAUGGGUCAGAUGGGCAAAGAACCUAUCAAACGCAAAUGAACCAGAUUUAGCAAAGCAGAUUUGAAGUGGGAACACCCACAUGGGAAACUAAUCAUCUGCCAGUCAGCCAAAUGGGAAUCCCUCCUGGCCAAUUGAGAUAUUUAUGCCUGCAGGCUUCAGGCCGCUCUGUGUUCGAGCUCUGUGCGUGGAAAUGGUGUCUGAUCUCAACUCAGCAGAACAGUAGAUCCCAACAGAACAGCCCAGAUUAGAACACAGUGAAACAAAGAGAUUGCAGUCAUGUAAUGGAGUCUUGAAGUAAUGAGAAUCUAUCAGUUUUCUAUUUAUAUUCAUCAUUUUUAAUGUGACAGGACACCACAUACGCUGUCAUUUUGUCAUUUGAAAUCGUUCAUCAUGCUCUCUGGGAUUGUUCGGUCCGGAUAGUUUUAAAGCUCUCUUUACCAGUCUGUCUGACGGCAUCAUAAAACGACUGGCAGCCAGACAAUUUAUAGACCAAGUCUCUGUCCUGUAUGUAUCACAUCUCCAUAUACUCUCACUAUGUUGUUAUUGCUAUUAUUUGCCUUUUUGGUUCCAAAGAUUUUCUGAAGAAAGCACAUGUAUUUCUUAUUUUUGUGGUUGAUUGUUUUGCCUUUACUUGGUUAUAUUUUUUUAAUCUGUGGGUUGAAGCUGUAUUUUUCAGUACAGUGUUGAAACAGCAUCCUGGGAAAUGUCAUCGAAGCAGCGUCUAUAAAAAGGCCGCGAACACACAUUUAAAAGGUUGCAGCGAUUUUGGGAAUUCUGAUCCGCAAACUACUCUGUUAAAUCUAAUUCAGUACACACUAAUUUAUUGGCCUUUGUUUUGUUUUUUUGUUUUUUUUAAAUGAACACAUGAACACGCUGUAUGCAGAGGUGUUUGCUGCAGACAAGGGAAAUCAGAGCAGAUGGAGUCAUGAGGGAGAUGCAGAAAGACAGAGGAUAUUUUGAAUUGCAUUUGCCAGUAGGGCCAAAUUACAGGCAAAGUAAAUGGUGGGAAUCGUCCACACAAUGUCGAAAGGGCCCCAGCAGCGGCCACCUUUUGAACAGUGAAACAAUGUGUGGGUGGUUAGUUGAGGGAAAUUGUGGCGGUGAUGGUGAAGGUGAGAAGCUGAGCCAUUAAUCAUUAGCUGGCAGGAUAACAACGUCCCCUGCUGUCUUUUUAAAAAUAAAAAUAAAAAAUGUUCAGGGGAUACAGUGCGCUCAGGGUGGAGCGGACAGUGCGAGGAGGGGUAGUGUUAUUUGUAUGAUUGUGAAAACUGUGUGCAGUAGGUCCAAUGAGUAUUUUUGAUGCGCAUUACCUCUUCUUUUUAUUUUAUUUUUUUUGUCUUAUUAUUCCUUACAAGUAUUAUCAGAAGUGUUGCUAUGCAUGCUUUUGUGAGAGAGGAAGGGUGUCAGUCAGAGAAUCUUUUCAUUUGUGCAUGAAUUCAAAUCAUAGUGCUGGUGCAGGAAGAUUAGGAGGAGGACGGGGGGUGUUUACGUAGCGGGAGGAGGAAAGAGCUCGGAUGCUGUGUGAUGCGAGGUGACAGGAGUGACGAGGAGUCUCAGUAAAGGUCCAGCAGAGAGUGUCUGGGUGGGGAGGGGAGAAGCAAGUGGCCCUCCAGUCGCUUUAUGGAAGCCGAUUCGGUCCGCUUCAAUAAUCUGGGUUAUCUCUGCUCUGUGCCUCUGGUCGUCGUGGUAAUCACCAGUCAUAUCAGAUGUGUAAAAUUUAAUUUGGUGUGUCUGGACCCCUGUGGUUUGCUUUUGUAAUGAAAAUAAAACUCAAACAAUAACGACAUUGGCUCGCCCAGUGAUAAUUCGGCCUUAAAAAAAAAGUCUCUACGCAGAGAUGAGGCUGGUGAUCGGGCAGCAGUAGCCUGCUUCAAGGCUGGUACAGAGUGAACCUGCCCACAGAGAUGCUCAUUUAGCAACAUUUGCACCUCACUCAUCCAGCUGGAAAAAGACUGCACUGAGGUGGUUGUAAUCGUUAUUGAGCAGCGACUGUGGCGCAGCUGCAGUGACUCCUGUGGGUUGCUUUUGCUUGUUUCUGUGUCUUCUAAUUGGAGUAAAUCUUAUUUGGAAGGCUGCAAAAUCACCACAGAGGUGUGCAGGAAUGACACAGAAGCAAAACGCUCUCCUCAGCCGCUGACCCCGACUCCCCGCACUGUGCUCAAGUCAACCCAGGGGGAGGGUUUUUUUUUUUUUGUACAGGGAUUUAAUAAAUGAGUUUGAAUUGCAUGUGGAGUUUUUUAUGUCACAUGCUCUUAAAAGCUCAUUUAUCCAAGUGAUUUUUUUUCAAUAAGUGACAUGUAUUUUCUCACAAUGUUUUAUUUUGCCAUCCUUGUGUCUGCCUUCUGUUUAUUCUCUUCAUUAUUAUUGAAUGUAUAUAAUAAAUAAACUGUUUGGUUUUUA